AUGAGUAAGGACCAUCAACAAAAACUCAAUCCAGCAGCAGCUUCACCAACUACAAAUUUACCACUCACUACUCCAACAGAUUCACCAACGACGACUAUUUUACCAGUAACAACAGUUUCACCAUAUAAAAAUUUUAAAAAUCCACAACUUAUUAAAACUGAUAAAAUCGAGUAUCUUGACGACAACAAUCCAUUCAUUUUAUUGGAUAGACCAGGAUUUGAUAUAUUCGGACAAGAAAUACAAGCCUUAAAAUCCACCAAAUUAAUGUUGAAUUGCAAUAGGUGUAAUCUAAAAUAUCCUUAUAAGGUUUAUGCUAGACAUUUUUCCAAAUGUUUAGGAUUAACUAGAUCUAGAAAAUCAAAUAAUUCAUUAUCAUCAGCUUCAUUAUUUUCAUUUAAACGAUCUUCGAGUGCUCCUCCAUCAUUUGAUACUGAUAGAUUACAAGAUUUAGAGGAAUAUUCUAGUAUUUAUCAUGAAAGAAGUGGAGAAUCGUUGUCAUAUACUACACCAAAUUCACCAAUCCGCAAAAAAAUUGAUUGA